AUGCAAACACGUGCCGCUGCCGGAAAGACGCUUCAGAAACCAGAGAGAUAUCAUCAAGAACAGCCGGAAGCAGAUCCGAUAACGAAGGCGAAGAAGGUGAAAUUGGAGACCAAGGCGAAAGCCAAGGUGAAGGCGAAGGCCAAACCAACACCCAAGGGUAAAUACUUCACCUGUCUUUCAGAGUUCACCUCUCUCAGGUGUUACAUAUGUAAAUAUAAGACAGCCUAG